CUAGCGAUUGGUUUACAUGACAUAAAAGCCUCACUGUCCCGUGUUUGCAGAAAGUGAGGUGUAUAUGUUACCAACUCAAACUGGAACAACAAACACAACCUAACCAAUUAUUGAUGCUUGUAUGGGACAGCGUGGACUCCACCUUCCGCAAUAAAAACUUCCUCUCUAUAUGAUUUCCACUCUGCAAAGAUGAUCAGAAGCCUCGAAGGAACCACCUUUUUGUUCUCUCUUUCUAGAUAGUGUAAUCCAUUACUUCUUCAUCAUCAUCAUCAGUCUUCAUAAAAGCUAGAAUCAAGGUUGCACAAAAAAGCCAAAAAAAAAAAAAUGAAGUUUGGGAAGGAAUUUGCUGCACAAAUGGUACCAGAAUGGCAGCAAGCAUACAUGAAUUAUGGGUACCUGAAAUCCCUCUUGAAAGAUAUCAUACUUCACAAGCAGAGAAACAAGGGUCAUUCCAGUGGCAGCUCAUCAGGUCUAAAGCGAAAGUUAUCACUCCACAGAACUUUCAGUGGCCUCACACAGAGGCACUACCAACCCUUGAGCCCCGACCAGGACAUUGAGAACCAACCCAUUUUGGUGCACUCAGUGCUGCGUGAGGGUCAUGAAAAAUAUGAAACUACCUUUCUCAUGGCUUCAGAAGAAGGUGGAGAGUACGAGUUGGUGUACUUUAGGAGGCUUGAUGAUGAGUUCAACAAAGUGGUGAGCUUCUAUAUGUCCAAAGUUGAAGAAGUAAUGAAGGAAGCAGCUGAGUUGAACAAGCAAAUGGAUGCUUUGGUCGCAUUCAGGGUAAAAGUUCAGAAUCCAACUCAGUCAUUUGAUUGCUCAGUUGAGAUGACUCGUCUUGCUUCUGAUGUGUCUGCUUCAACCACAGUUUUGCAUGCUAAUACACCCAGGGGGGUCCAGCUCAACAGAAGGAUUUCCACGGUAAUUGAAGAUAUCAAAGAGGAAGGAAGUUCCCAUGAUGGACAUUUAGAGAAGUUUGACAAUGAUGACAAAGAUAAAGUGAUUGAAACUACCAACAAAAAAGUUGAAGUACAAAACAAGAAGAAGAAUAUCAGACCAAUCAAACCCAUCAAACCUGCUUCUGUGGAAAUACUUAAUCGAGUGCAGCUAAAUAAUACACAUGAGACUCCUCGUUCAACUAUAAGAGGCAUUAUCAAAUACCCUGGCCAAGCAGAGUUAAAUUUCACCAAGGAAAAUUUGAGCAAAGUAGAAGAAACACUCAAACGGGCUUUCAUUGAGUUUUAUAACAAGCUUCGGCUUCUAAAGAACUACACAUUUCUGAAUGUGAUGGCAUUUUCAAAGAUAAUGAAGAAAUAUGACAAGAUCACAUCAAGAGGUGCAGCAAAAGCUUACAUGAAAAUGGUUGAUAGCUCCUGCCUUGGGAGCUCUGAUGAGUUCACCAGGCUUAUGGAGAGGGUGGAAAAUGUAUUCAUUAAGCACUUUUCCAACUCAAAUCGAAAUAAAGGAAUGCGCAUCCUGCGACCUAAACCAAAGAGAGAAAGGCACAGGAUUACAUUUUCCAUGGGUUUUUCUGCUGGAUGCACUGUUGCUCUAACAGUGGCGCUUAUUCUAAUUGUCCGUACGCGUAAAAUCAUGGAUCAUUCAGGAAGUAGCAAAUACAUGGAAAUCAUGUUUCCUCUUUACAGCUUAUUUGGAUUUGUAGUUCUACACAUGCUGAUGUAUGCUGCUAAUAUAUACUUCUGGAGGCGAUACAGAGUGAACCAUUCAUUCAUAUUUGGUUUUAAGCAAGGCACUGACUUAGGCUACAAUGAAGUCCUUCUCCUUAGUUUUGUUCUGGCAGCAUUGGCACUAACCAGCGUGCUUGUAAAUCUAGACAUGCAAAUAGAUCCUGUGACAAAAGAUUACAAAUUAUUCACUGAACUUUUGCCCCUUAUCUUGGUUCUAGUAAGGCUAUUACACUAUCACAUUAAGUUUGUCAUAGAGUUUUUUUUUCUAAAGUUACGUAGUGAAUUCAUUUUUACUCUGCAGAUUGUGAUUGCCAUUUUAUUAUGCCCAUUAAACAUCGUAUAUCGAUCAAGCCGAGUGUUCUUUCUUACAUGUGUGUUUCACUGCAUCUGUGCUCCUCUAUACAAGGUCACACUGCCAGAUUUCUUCAUGGCCGAUCAAUUUACAAGCCAGGUUCAAGCCUUGAGAAGUUUUGAGUUCUACAUAUGCUACUAUGGUUGGGGUGACUUCAAACAAAGAGAAACAAAUUGCAAGUCCACAAGGGUAUUCAUAGCUUUCUCAUUCAUUGUCGCUGUGAUUCCAUACUGGUCUCGCUUUCUUCAGUGCGUAAGGCGCCUGUUCGAGGAGAAAGAUAUGAUGCAAGGAUAUAACGGGUUGAAGUAUUUCCUCACUAUUGCAGCUGUUUGCCUCAGAACAGCUGAUAAUCUUGAUGGAGGAAGGCGUUGGAAAGUGAUGGCCUGGAUAUUCUCAAUAUCCACAGCCAUUUUCUCCACAUAUUGGGACAUAGUCAUAGAUUGGGGCCUCCUCCAAAGACAUUCCAGGAACCGAUGGCUCAGAGACAAACUCUUAAUCCCUCAGAAAAGUGUUUAUUUCGCAGCUAUGGUGCUGAAUGUCUUAUUAAGGUUUGCAUGGUUACAAACAAUAUUGAAUUUCAACUUCUACUUCUUGCAUAGACAAGCCAUGAUCAGCAUUGUUGCCAGCUUAGAGAUCAUUCGUCGUGGCAUGUGGAACUUCUUUAGGGUGGAGAAUGAGCAUUUGAACAAUGUUGGAAAGUACCGUGCAUUCAAGUCUGUGCCUCUACCCUUCAACUACGACGAUGAUGAUGAUGAUGAUGAAGAUGGAGAUAAGAAUGAGUGAUUUGUCAGGAACAGCAGGCAUAGAUCCAUUACAUUUUCAUGUCUAUCAAACUAUGUAACUUCUGAGUCAUAAAUUAGGUUUCUUUUGUCAUACACCUGAAAAGAUAAGUUAGAAAAUUCUAGUUUAAUAUAACAUGUGGUGCCAUUUUUUAUUGUCUAGAAGUUAAUAAAACCUUUACAAAGUUUACUUUUAUCAAAUCAAUUAUAGG